ACAGUAGCUAGCGCACUGUCAUGACAUUGCGGCUUUGAAGAAAACAAAAUUGUCUUUGAAUUCGUGGUGGAGUGUUGAACAAAUUAAAUCUCAUCGCAAAACGUCAACAUCGUACUCUAAAAAUGCCUGCUGAGAAUCUGGAAGAGCAAGGUCUCGAGAAAAAUCCGAAUUUGGAACUUGCCCAGACAAAGUUUCUACUAACAUUGCCAGAACAUCGCAAUGACAAAGCCCUUGCUGAGAAACUUCUGGGAGCCAUAAAGGCUGAUAACAUGGCCGUGUAUUAUGAGGAGGUGUGCAAACAGCUCGACUGGAAAGUGGAUCAACAAUUGUUGGCAUCGAUGAAAGUAACGAACCAGCAAAAAUUGGAAGCCCUGGACGCUGCUAUCGAAGAUGCUGAGAAGAAUUUGGGCGAGGGUGAAGUACGUGAAGCUAAUUUGAAGAAAUCCGAAUUUCUUUGUCGAAUUGGUGACAAGGACGCAGCAAUUACGGCUUUCAGGAAAACAUAUGAGAAGACUGUAUCGCUUGGUCAUCGUCUUGACAUCGUCUUCCACAACAUUCGCAUUGGUUUGUUCUAUUUGGACCACGAUUUGAUCACAAGAAAUAUCGAGAAGGCCAAGACUUUGAUUGAAGAAGGAGGAGAUUGGGAUCGUCGCAAUCGGUUGAAAGUGUACCAGGGAGUCUAUUGCGUUGCGAUUCGUGAUUUCAAAAGUGCGGCCAACUUUUUCCUAGACACCGUCAGCACAUUCACCUCGUAUGAACUGAUGGAUUAUGUUACGUUCGUUCGUUACACCGUUUACGUGUCCUUGAUCAGUUUACCACGCAAUGAGCUUCGAGACAAAGUGGUCAAAGGUGCUGAAAUCCAGGAAGUUUUACACUCAUUGCCUGACGUUAAAUCAUACUUGUUCUCGUUGUACAACUGCCUCUACUCCGACUUCUUCAAAGAACUCGCUGAAGUGGAAAAUAUGCUAUGCAAGGACUAUCUAGUUCAUCCUCACUACCGCUACUACAUCCGUGAAAUGCGAAUCAUUGCGUACACACAAUUGUUGGAUUCAUAUCGUUCGCUGACGCUGCAAUAUAUGGCCGAUGCAUUUGGUGUGUCGAUUGAUUACAUCGAUGCGGAAUUGUCGCGUUUCAUUGCCGCUGGACGAUUGCACUGUAAGGUGGAUCGAGUUGGAAGAAUCGUCGAAACGAAUCGGCCGGAUAACAAGAACUGGCAGUAUCAGGCAACGAUUAAGCAGGGAGAUUUACUAUUGAAUCGCAUUCAGAAAUUGAGCCGAGUAAUUAAUAUUUAGAGAUUGGUAAACAUGAUGCCGAUGGUUUUUGUUUGAGUUUACAAUAAAGAAUUUCAGUUUGGAACUAAAAA